UUGAAGCCGGACAUCCGCAAUGACGGUCUACUUUUUUCCCAAAGUAGAUUCAAAUUUGGCACAUGAUUGACCAGGUCUUAUUCAAAUAAAACAUCCAGUCAAAGCGUGCACACUUUUUUUCGAGCCCUGCAUGGGAGGCGUGGAGCUCUCACUUUUGACAUUCUCUCUCUCUGCAGUAGCUUCUCCUCAAGGCAGACUAGCGAACUCUUAUGACAUCACCCAGCCACCGAAUGGAGGAAGAAGGGAACAGCUCUCUGCGGAUGAACGAGGUUAUGAUACAAGUGGACCUGUUUGGGCAUAUCAAUUGAAUUAGUGCAAGGGAAAAGUUUAAAAUGUUGACCAUAUCGUCAAAAAGAUUCAGUGGGAAUACUUUGCUUUAAAAACAGCGGAGUUGCCUAACCUACUUCGCCAAAAGGUCACUGAAUAACAACGAAUGUUAGAGGAGAAAUGUAAAGCUAUUGCAGCAUAUGUUCCUGCGCAUUGUGUCUAGCCAUCUGCUUUCUGGAAUAGGGCGUAAAGGAAGCAGAGGAGAGACGGAUUUCUCGACCUGAUUCCUCGCCUAUGGACGACAGCGGUCCCCUCUCUCCAAAAGCAAAUGCUUUCAGUAUAGCCUCUCUGAUUUCAGCUGCGGAGCAAGCAGGAAACGCAACAUUUGACAAACACGGCACUGGCCUGGACAAGCAAAACCAGCACAACUGUUACAGUUCGUUUAAAAUGCACUACAGCACUGUCACCAGAGAAAUGGAAGCAAUAUCCAGUCCGUGGCUGACGCAGCUGUCCCAUUUUUGCGAUGUUGCAGCCUUCACGACCAGCAGCCUAAGCAGCCUCAACGCACCGGGGAGUUACCAUCUCUCUCCGUCCCCCGGGGACCCGUACAGCCAACAUGAAACCCACUUUGAGCCAUGCCCAGCCGCUCAACACAGCUACAACUACUCGGGGUCGAACCCCGCACAGACCCAGCAGAGCGACACCGGGACUUCCAACUGUUCCUCGUCGUCCCCCAGUUCCACACCGAACAGCAAGUCUCUGGUGAAAAAGAACCCUAAGGUGGCCAACAUUAACGUUCAGUUGGAGAUGAAAGCUUUAUGGGAUGAAUUUAAUCAUCUGGGAACGGAGAUGAUCGUUACCAAGGCUGGAAGGCGAAUGUUUCCAACAUUUCAAGUGAAAAUAUUUGGAAUGGAUCCUAUGGCAGACUACAUGCUGCUAAUGGAUUUCCUACCAGUCGACGAUAAACGAUACAGGUAUGCUUUUCACAGCUCCUCGUGGCUGGUGGCGGGUAAAGCUGACCCUGCUACUCCCGGGAGAGUUCACUACCACCCCGACUCUCCCGCCAAAGGCGCACAGUGGAUGAAGCAGAUAGUCUCAUUCGAUAAACUAAAACUCACUAACAAUUUACUGGAUGACAAUGGACAUAUAAUUCUAAACUCCAUGCACAGAUACCAGCCGAGGUUCCACGUCGUCUACGUGGACCCACGCAAAGACAGUGAGAAGUAUGCCGAGGAGAAUUAUAAGACCUUUGUUUUUGAGGAAACACGGUUCACGGCGGUCACAGCAUACCAGAACCACAGGAUCACGCAGCUGAAAAUCGCCAGUAAUCCUUUCGCAAAGGGCUUCAGGGACUGUGAUCCGGAGGACUGGCCCAGGAAUCACAGGCCAGGCUCUCUGCCAAUUAUGAGUGCCUUUGCCAGAACAAGGAAUCCAAUGUCUUCUCCCCCACUUCAGAACGGCUCAGAGAAAGAGGACAGUAGGCGGGACUAUGACCGGGACCCCAAUGGCACGCCGAUACAUGCAGACCCCGCCCACCAGCUGAUGUCACGUGUCCUUAGCCCUGCCCUCCCCGUCCAAGGAGGACUCCACGCCAUCCCCCUCAGCAGUGGCCGGCCCAGCCCUCCCCACGACCUGCGGAUCCCGGACGGCCACCCACUGGCCCCAGACACCCUGCACCACCACCCCUACAAGUACCCCACAUCCUACGAACACUACCUGGGGGCUAAGACCCGGCCGUCGCCCUACCCCUUACCCGGCAUCAGAGGACACACUUACCACCACCACAUGAACCCAGCCACAGCUAACAUGUACUCCACCACUAGCGCCCCCGCUAACUAUGACUACGGGCCCAGAUAAUGACUGUAUAGCUGUAGCUGGCAGCCACGGCCCACACACCUGGGGUUCGGCUACUAGCUAGCUAGCGCUGUGGAAAAGGAAACACGCAGGAGGGGAGGGACAACAACACAACUCUGUCUUCAUGGCUGAUGCAACGUCAGGAGGUUAGGAGGUUGGGAGGUUGCGCGGCACGCCCUCGUUGCUGGAUACCUCAUCCCCUCAGAGAGACAAAAACUGCUGUAUUUAUUUAAGGGAAACGUAUCUUGGCAGGAUGUACAGACUGGCCCUCUGAGACUGAGCAGGGGUCAGUCUUGACCUCUGAACUUUGACAGCAAUAGCUCUACAUGAGGGCACUUUUUUGCCUGCGUGGUAGAGCGGCGCAGACAGUGAGCCAGCUUACAGAGGAAACAGUUUACCAGUGCCCUCUCUUAAAACAUGGACGACGCAUUAUCACGGACUGGAAUUGAUUUUUUUUUUGUGUUGGAUGCACUUUUUGUUCUUUUUGCUUUCAGAAAAGCCAUAUGUUAUUUAGUCAAUCAAGCUUCCAUAGAUAGACCAGACAUUUGCAUGUUGAGCUCAUUGGAUAGGUGUUGAAACACCUAAAUGUUUUUGAGAAGAUAGAACAAAUAUUUUUGAACCAUCUUGAGAUGCAGCCCUGAGAAGCUUGUACCAUGGCACUGACUUGCAGCAAUUCUAAGUAAAUAAAGAAGCAGAACUGUUCUGUAACUGUAAAAUAAACAUUACAUUCUUUACUUUUAA